UCUCAUCACUUUAAACAAACUCUCUCUUCUCUCUCUACUGUAUCUAUCUGGUGGUGGUGCGUGGUUCUUAGAGAGAGAGAGGGAGACAGAUGAAGCUCAAAAGUGGGGUAAAGCAAACUACCUCGACAAAUUAGGGUUUGAAGAGUAAGCAAAUGUGAGCAAAAACGAGGCCUUUAAGGAUUUCUCUCUCAAUGUUCCAUGUUGCAGGAGUUUUGCAAGAACCGAUUAAAUUUAUUAACGUGAGUUGACAUAUUUUGUGACGUGGAAAACCUUGAAGAAUGAAAUCUGAUACGCCCCUUGAUUAUGCUGUAUUUCAGCUCUCGCCCAGGAGGUCAAGGUGUGAAUUGUUUGUCUCUGGUGAAGGCAAGAUCGAGAAACUCGCAUCUGGGUUGCUUAAGCCAUUCACUUCUCAGCUAAAGGUUGCAGAAGAACAGGUUGCCAGAGCAGUUCAGUCAAUCAAGCUUGAAAUUCAGAAGAAUGAAGAUGCUGGAACUUGGUUCACUAAAGGAACCAUUGAAAGGUUGAAUGCUUAUCUGUACGGUGGUGAUUGCCCUUUUUCUUCCCCUCCUAUUUUCUCUUUGUUUUUUCAUUGCAGGUUUGUCCGGUUUGUUAGUACACCAGAGGUGUUGGAGCUGGUCAAUACUUUUGAUGCUGAGAUGUCUCAGUUGGAGGCAGCUCGUAGAAUUUAUGCACAGGGUGCAGGAGAUCAGUUUUCCGAUGCAGCAGAUGGAAAUCGAGCAGGAGCAGCAGGUGCAGCUGAUACAACCAAGAGAGAGCUUCUGAGGGCAAUUGAUGUGAGGCUCAUGGCAGUCCAGCAAGACUUAACCACGGCCUGUGCUCGAGCAGCUGCUGCUGGCUUCACCCUUGAGACUGUCUCUGAGCUACUACUCUUCGCCGAACGUUUUGGGGCGUACAGAUUGAAUGAAGCGUGCACCAAGUGCAUCUCUCUUUCUCAUCGACGACCCGACCUCUACCCAUGGAAGGAGGACCACGCCAAUGGCGUCAUCAACUCCCCCACGGGCUCCGACAUGUCCAUAGACUCUGUCACAGAGGAAGAAGAAACUUCCCUCACUUCUAAUGGUCCCCAAAAACCGCCUCCAAAGCCCCCUGAACAACAAGACACAGCAGCCACCAGGUCAAACAAACUUCACUUUCUCUCUCUAGAUUCCUCAAAGGAGGCCAGCACCCAAUUGGGUCUUAUCUCUUCUUCCAAAGAGACAAGCAUUUCUUCCUCUUCUCUUAAAGUGCCAAGCAGCCAGGCCGAAGAAGAAGAGUCGAUCGGAAAGAAGACUGAGCCCACGCCAUCCAGCCGUAGGCUCAGUGUUCAGGAUCGAAUCAAUCUCUUUGAAAAUAAGCAGAAAGAACAGUUAGGUGAGCCUGUGAAGAAGCCUGGAAAGGUCGAACUCAGGCGACUUUCAUCAGAUUCUGGCAGGGUAUCGUCAGAUUCUGGCAGCCAGGCUCCUGUCCCGACAGAGAAGUCAAUUUUAAGGCGAUGGAGCGGGGCGAGUGAUAUGAGCAUUGAAUUGAACACUGAGAAGAAGGAUAAUUUGACUCGUAGUCUUUCAGGGUCUCUUCAGGCCCAAGGGAGAGGUUUUGCAGCGAAAGGCGAGGGAUUGGAGGCUAAGAUUUCUGCGAAUUGUCAGACCCUAGUGACAGCUUCUCUAGAGAGAGAAGAGGAUUCAGGAGCUAAGAAUCCAGGUGUUACUCAGCCCCAAGUGAGAGGUUUUCUAGAGAGAGAAGAGGAUUCAGGAACUAGGAAUUUGGGGUUUCCUCAGAGCCAAGCAAGAGGGUUUCCUGUGAGAAAAGAGUCCGAGGUUGGUACAAUUCUGGGAGGUUCUCAGGCCCAAUUGAGAGGUUUUCCAGCAAGAGAAGAGAGUGCAGAGACUAGAAGUUCUGGGAAUUUUCAGGCCCAAUUCAAAAGUUUUUCAGAAAAGGGUGAGGGAUUGGAGAGUAAGAAUCAAGGAACAUCUCAGAGCCCUCAGUUUAGAAGCUUUAAGGGCAGGCCUGAUGAUAUUGGUUUGAAAGAACCAGCCAACUCUCAGAAUCAAAUUGGAGGUUUUCCAGUCACACGGGAAGACUCUAAGUCGAAAAAUCCAUCAAAUUUUCAGAACCAAAUAAAAAGUUUUCCAGCAAGGUCUGAGGAUACAGGGUCAACAGAUCCAAUCUCUAACGAGACCAAUAUCAACAGGGGUCCACUGCUAACGAGAGAGCACUUAGAGACAAAGAUCUUACUAGUUUCUCAGGCUCAAGUUUCUUAUUCUCCUGUGAGUGCAGAGGGAAAUAUACAGUUGGACAAACCAGCUUCUCAGACCCAAUUUAGGACCUUUGCUGCAAAGCUUGACGAUUUUGAGCCAAAAGAUUCGACUAAGUACCAAGCUAAGGGUUCUCUUUCUAGUGGUGACGACUCAGAGAUGAGGAAUCCAGUAGUUUCUCGGACCCAGUUUAAAAGCUUACCAACCCGAGGGGUGGAUGCUAAGGCAAAGGAUUCGGUUAGUCCUGUGGAAAUCAAGCUACAGAGACAGACCUCUGUUCUUGAGCAAAAUAAAACUGCACCCACAUCUGUGUAUAAACAACCCAAAUCUGUAUCAGUUAAUGCGCCUUUACCAUCAGAGCCCACUCUUCGACCCUCCGAAUCUUAUGCAAAAGGAAAUAAUCUCUUGGAGCCUGGUUCGGCGGUUUUCAAGCCCAGUUUUCCAGGGAGAAAGGCAGCUGAAAAUGCAGAGGUUUUUAAAUCUGGUUAUCUUGACCCAAAGGCUACUGAAAACUUGGCGGUUUUUAACCCAGCUGCAAUGGCUGAGCAGAACCAAAAACUGAGGCAGUCGAGGGGCAACCAGGAACUGAACGAAGAGUUGCAGGAGAAGGCGAAUGAGUUGGAGGCUCUCUUUGCUGCUCACAAGCUUAGGGUUCCUGGUGACUCCUCAGUUAUUGGCCGGAGGAACAAGCCUUCUUCAGAUAUUGGUGGUAAGACACCCGAAGAUAUCAGCUUUUCUAGAAAUGUAUUUCCUGAUUCAGGGAGAGAAUCAAUGGGGAGUUCUUCUGCUGGAUAUGAUGUAAAUUUGUUGAUGAAGAUGGCUGAUAAUCAGGGCCCUCAUCGAAAUGGUUCAAAGCAACAUAUGGGCAGUUUUGGGUCAAUGGAAGAUUUCAGGGGAAAGUUCUAUGAGAUGUAUAUGCAAAAGAGGGAUGCGAAGUUGAGAGAAGAGUCAGGGCAGAAAAGGGCUCAGAAGGAAGCGAAAUUGAAGGCCAUGCAAGAGAGCCUUGAAAGAAGCAGAGCCGAGCUAAAAGCUGGGUUGACAGGGACUGAUCGAAGGGAUCCUGUUGCUCAUGCUCGUUUGCGUGCGGAAAAACUUAGAUCAUUCAAUGUCCGGUCGGGAAUGAAGUCCAAAGAGCAGCAAAACAAUGCCAAUGCCUUCCAGAGUGAAGAGGAAGAAGAGCCCCAAGAUUUCUCGGAAUAUAGGUACUACCAACAAGACAGAACUGGCAAAGAAGCUUCUGAUACCCCAUCAACUGAGAGAGCAGGAAACACCAAGAAGUUCCCAUCAAACAAGACCCUCUCAACCUCCACUCCCCGGACAUCUGGAGCCCCAAUACCCAGAUCUUCUGCAACAUCUUCAAAGCCUGUCAUGUCUUCUAGUGGGUCUCGUCGUCGCACCCAAACUGAGAACAUUAUGGCUCAGUCAGUCCCCAACUUCUCUGAUUUCCGAAAAGAGAAUACGAAACCAUCGAGUGUAGGCACAGGAAAGGCCACACUUCCCCGAACAAACCCCAAAACAUACACUCGCAGUAAGAGCACAAGUGAGGAGGUAAUCCCAGUUGUUAAAGAAGAGAAGCAAAAACGUACUCAAUCCAUGAGGAAGAGUUCUGCUAGCCCGGGAGAGCUCAAGGAUCUCUCAUCUCUUAACUCUGAAGUAUUAACACCAUUAAGGUUUGGAAAGGACCAAAGCCAACAACUUCAUUUCAGCAAAAGCCCCAUCAGAAAUGGGGUCUCUUCUGCUGAAGCACAGCCAUUUCUCAGGAAGGGCAAUGGCAUAGGCCCAAGCGCAGGCCCAGGGGUUGCUAAGUUGAAGGCAGCCAUGACUGCUGAGACCCAGAAAGACGAGGAUGACAAGAAUGGUGUCUCAGAAGAGAAUGGCGUUGACGUGCCUGACAUCUCGCCCGAAUCUGACAAAGAGGUGAUUGGAAUUGAAAAGCUGGCAGAUUCUGAGGAUUUUCCGGCCGAUUCAGAGGAAGAUGAGGAGAAAGAGGGGAGAUUGAGCCAUGAAUCCUUCAAAUCAGCAGAUCUUGGGUCUGACUCCAAUGAAGAGCGAAGGUCUUUCUCUCAAGCCGAUGACUCGGCGGUUGGCUCCAACCAUUAUGAAGAGAGUCCUGCAGCUUCUUGGAGCUCUCGAAGGGACCAUGCGUUUUCUUAUGGGCUUGAGGCCUCUGAUGUAUCAGUGGACUCACCAGUUGGCAGCCCAGCUUCUUGGAACACAAACUCUUUGUCGCAAAUUAUGGAAGCUGAUGCAGUCUCAAGAAUGAGGAAGAGGUGGGGUAGUGCACAAAAGCCAGUGUUGGUUACUGGAUCGGGUUCUCGGAAGGAUGUUACAAAGGGUUUUAAGAGGCUUUUGAAGUUUGGAAGGAAAAGCAGGGGCGCUGAUCUUUUGGCAACGGAUUGGGUUUCAGCAACGACUUCCGAGGGUGAUGAUGACACAGAGGAUGGGCGGGACCCUGCUAGUCGGUCGUCGGAGGAUUUGAGGAAGACAAGGAUGGGGUUCUCGCAUGGAGGACUCCCUUCUUAUGAUGGUUUCAAUGAUGGUGAGAGCUUGCAAGAACAAGCAACAAUUCAAUCGUUACGAAGCUCAAUUCCAGCACCCCCUGCAAACUUCAAACUGAGAGAGGAUCAUUUGUCAGGAAGCUCUUUGAAAGCUCCUCGGUCCUUUUUUUCCCUGUCCUCAUUUCGAAGCAAGGGAAGCGAGUCGAAGCCCAGGUGACGGCAUUAUGGACAUUGGGCUUGGACUUCUUGUUAUAUUUGGUAAGAUAAGUAGUUUGGGUUUUGGAAUAUGUUAUCAGAUAUCUAUACGUGUCAAUUAUAUAUAAAUAUCUAGUAUUUACAGCUCUAAAAUCAUGUAAUAGGCAUUUGGUGUUGUAUUUUGCCUGAGAAGUUAAAAGCUUGUGUGUAAUUGGACUCUCAGGGUUUCAAUUUUCCCUUCAGUAAAUUGGUAGGGGUCUGUUGUAGAUUGGAUUAGUGAAGCGGCCAAUUGGCGGAAAAUUUAUUGUGAUUUUGGUGUAAUCUGAACUGCUGAGUAAAAUUUUCAAUUUUCUUGA